AAGCGAGCUUAAUGUAUAGGAUUGGAGAGAAGGAGAGACUGAGAGAGAGUCAAAGUAAAGUAAUAUCCAGAGGCAGAGGCAGAGUGGGGUUGUCAGUAGCACUGGUAUCUCUUGGAUUUACUUCUAACUAAUAAGAAAGUAAUAAAUGUGCAUUUGAUGUGGAAAGUUCGCUACUUUGUUUGCUUUUUAAUUGCUCCUAUAUGUUUCAAGGGUUAGGUCUUUGAGCUCCUUCAUUUCAGCUGCUUCGUUGGGAGUAUUUUACACACACACAGAGGAAGGUUUCGUUUUCUGAGGAAACCCUUUUCCUUUUUAACAUUGUUUUAUUCAGUGGCUGUCUUGUGGGGUUGUGAGCUUCUAGUGAAAUUUUUGGGAUCUGGGUUCCAGGAUUUGAGCCCUUUUAGUCUAUCGAUCUUUCUUGGGUUUUCUUCCAAUUUGUUGUCUUUGUUGUCUAUAUGUGCGAAUGUGACCCUUCUCUCAUUGCAUUUCUGUUGUGGGUUUUCACUUCUCAGCCCAAAAUUGUCCACUGAGGUCCUAAUUUGUGUUUGGACUCUCAAAAUUUUCAAAUUUACUUUUUGUCCAAAAUUGGAUCUUUGAGUUGUUUGGGGUUUCUUUGAUCUGAAUUGCUUUCAUGCAUCUGUCUGUAUGGAAACCCAUUACACACUGCGCCGCUCUUAUUUUAGACAAGAAGAGCGGAAGAAGAAAAGAUGGGUCUGAACAUUCAGGUGUUGAAACCAAGAAGAAAUCAUCGAUUCUCAGGAAAUUGCAAGAGAACAAGCUUAGGGAAGCUCUUGAAGAAGCUUCUGAAGAUGGGUCUCUCUUCAAAUCCAAAGACAUGGAGUCUGAGACCAACCAAGAGGAGAGCUUGGGGAGGUCUCGUUCGCUUGCCAGGCUCCACGCCCAGCGUGAAUUCCUCAGAGCCACUGCACUCGCUGCAGAGCGUACUUUUGAGUCUGAAGAAUCUAUUCCUGACCUCAGUGAGUCUUUCUCAAAGUUCCUCACUAUGUAUCCCAAGUACCUGUCCUCGGAGAAGAUCGAUCAGCUAAGGUCAGAGGAGUACUCUCACUUGUCCCCAAAGGUAUGCCUUGAUUACUGUGGGUUUGGCUUGUUUUCUUAUCUUCAAUCUCUGCAUUAUUGGGAGUCUUCUACGUUUAGUUUAUCUGAAAUUACUGCAAAUUUGAGCAAUCAUGCAUUAUAUGGUGGUGCGGAGAGAGGGACUGUUGAGCAUGAUAUAAAGGCUAGGAUUAUGGAUUAUUUGAACAUUCCUGAGCAUGAGUAUGGCCUUGUUUUUACUGUGAGUAGAGGGUCUGCUUAUAAAUUGUUGGCUGAGUCAUACCCUUUUCAUACGAACAAAAAAUUGUUGACAAUGUUUGAUUAUGAGAGUCAGUCUGUGAAUUGGAUGGGUCAGAGUGCUAGAGAGAAAGGGGCUAAAGUGCAUAGUGCAUGGUUCAAAUGGCCAACCUUGAAAUUGUGCUCCACUGAUUUGAGGAAGCAAAUUUCUAGUAAGAAGAGGAGAAAGAAGGAUUCUGCGGUGGGUCUUUUUGUGUUUCCAGUUCAGUCUAGAGUUACUGGGGCAAAGUAUUCGUAUCAAUGGAUGGCACUAGCACAACAGAAUAAUUGGCAUGUCUUACUAGAUGCUGGGUCAUUGGGUCCCAAAGAUAUGGAUUCACUUGGAUUGUCCCUAUUCCGACCGGAUUUUAUUAUCACAUCAUUUUACAGGGUUUUUGGGUUUGACCCGACUGGUUUUGGAUGCCUUCUGAUCAAGAAAUCAGUAAUGGCAAGCCUUCAAAGUCAAUCUGGGUGUACUGGGGUUGGAAUGGUGAAGAUUACCCCUGAAUUUCCUCUGUAUCUGAGUGAUUCUAUGGAUGCUUUGGAAAGACUGGCUGGAAUAGAAGAUGAUGAAGUUGUAGAGAAUGGUGAGAAGACGUCUGAAACUCGCCAGGGAACACAGCUGCCUGCCUUUUCUGGUGCAUAUACAUCUGCCCAGGUGAGGGAUGUGUUUGAGGCUGAGAUGGAUCAUGAUAACAGCUCUGACAGAGAUGGGACAAGCACAAUAUUUGAAGAAACCGAGAGUAUUUCAGUUGGGGAGGUGAUGAAGAGCCCAGUUUUCAGUGAAGAUGAGUCAUCAGACAACUCAUACUGGAUUGAUUUGGGUCAGAGUCCCCUGAAGUCUGACAAUGCAAGCCAACUAAACAAACAGAAAGUGGCCUCUCCCUUACCGCCUUUUUGGUUUAGAGGCUGGAAGAACCACAAGAGACAAUCGCCAAAGCUUUCUUCCAAGAUAUAUGGCAGCCCAUUAUAUGAUGACAAGGAGGUCAACCUUGGGCCUCAUGAUGAUGGCCAUAUGCUAUCAUUUGAUGCUGCUGUCAUGUCAGUUUCCCAGGAACUAGACCAUGUCAAGGAGAUCCCUGAAGAAGAACAAUUUGCAGAGACAUACUCCACUUCACAAAAUGGUGGAGAAUGUUUUGAUCGUGUUCAUGUUCACGAGAUCCAAGAAGAGCCUGCAACUAGCAAACCUGUUCCUACUGGGUCUAUGUCCAAGUCUGUGGUGAAUGGAUCCCAUGUCAACAGAUCAACUUCUGCCUGUCUGCAUCACAGCCAAGAGAAUGGAUCAGCCUCUGAAAUUUGCCGGGAGGUGAAAGAGAGUGCCAUAAGAAGGGAAACUGAAGGUGAAUAUAGAUUGUUGGGGAGAAGGGAAGGGAAUAGAUAUGCUGGUGAUAGAUUUUUGGGCUUGGAAGAGAGUGAACCGUCAAGCCGGGAAAGGAGGGUAUCCUUCAGCAUGGAAGACGAUCAUAAAGAGCGAUUGGAGCCUAGAGAAAUAUCUAUAAAUAGUCUGGAUGAUGAAGAGCAAAGCAGUGAUGGCGAGUAUGCUGAUGGCCAAGACUGGGACAGGAGGGAAACUGAGAUAAUAUGCCGGCAUCUUGAUCACAUUAAUAUGUUGGGUCUCAAUAAAACCACUCUUAGGCUGCGGUUUUUGAUCAAUUGGCUUGUGACCUCAUUACUGCAACUAAGAUUUCCUAGUACAGAAGGGGAUGAUGCCACAAAUCUCGUUCACAUCUAUGGCCCAAAAAUUAAAUAUGAAAGAGGUGCAGCUGUGGCUUUUAAUGUGAGAGACAGAAACCGGGGGCUAAUCAGUCCAGAAGUUGUUCAGAAGCUGGCUGAAAGAGAUGGUAUCUCCCUUGGCAUUGGCUUCCUUAGUCACAUAAGGAUUUUAGAUAGCCCAAGACAACAUCGUGGUGCUUUGAAUUUUGAAGAUACGACCCUGUCCAGGCCAAUGGAAAAUGGCCGACAUGAUGGUGGAAAAAGUGGGUUCAUACGAGUUGAGGUUGUUACUGCUUCUCUCAGCUUUCUUACAAACUUUGAGGAUGUUUACAAGCUGUGGGCUUUUGUGGCAAAGUUUCUUAAUCCAGCAUUCAUUCGAGAGGGUGGGCUUCCAACAGUAGAAGAAGGUUCUGAGACAUAGGUCAUACUUGACAAUCACUCUCUUCAAGUAUGGAUUUAGUUGCAUGCUUUUGGUAUUGAAAGUUCUUCAGAGGAAUCUCCCUCAGUCACUGAAAGAUUGUGAAGCCUAAGAAAGGUUGGAGAACCUCAGCAAGGAUAGGAAGGAAGGUAUUUAUUUCUGAGUGGCCAGAUACCUGAGCCUUUUGCUCUUUCUUAGCACACAAUGCAUGUGGGUGAAUUUGUUUAUUCAUGUUUGUUAUUGCUCGGAGUUAUCUUCUUUCAAGUUCAGGUUCUUGUAGAGUUGGCUCUAGAAAUUUACAUCUUCUCAGGAAGUCUUGGUGAGCUCAGCUGAAAUUUCUGGACACAGUUUCACCAUCGUAUAACUUUUUGCUUGUGCUCUAUACAAAAUUAGAUUUCUUGCUUCUGUAAAGAAUUAGCUUAUUCUGCCUACUGCAGUUUAUAAUACUAUCAAUGUCAUGCUUAUUUUAGACUUCAAGAACUCCUACAUGUAAUCAGAGUGAAAGUU